AUGGCAAGAAGUUUAGAGCCUUUAAUUGUUGGGAGAGUAAUUGGUGAUGUUAUUGAUUCAUUCAAUCCAACAAUAAAAAUGUCAAUAACUUAUAACAACAAAUUAGUUUGCAAUGGACAUGAACUUUUCCCUUCUGUUGUUUCUUCUAGACCUAAAGUUGAAGUUCAAGGAGGAGAUUUGAGAACUUUCUUCACACUGGUCAUGACAGAUCCUGAUGUUCCUGGACCUAGUGAUCCUUAUAUGAGAGAGCAUCUACACUGGAUAAUUACUGAUAUUCCAGGUACAACUGAUGCUACUUUUGGAAGAGAAUUGGUGAGCUAUGAGACCCCAAGGCCAAAUAUUGGGAUUCAUAGGUUUGUGUUUGUUCUCUUCAAGCAAAAAAGCAGAAGUUCAGUUAGUCAACCAACUUCGAGAGAUCAUUUCAACACUCGAAAUUUCGCUCAAGAGAAUAAUCUUGAACAACCUGUUACUGCGGUUUUUUUCAAUGCACAACGUGAAACCGCUGCGCGAAGACGCUAA